UUGAGAGUACUUACAAUUUAUCAAAAGAAUAAACAACGUUUGAGUUCACAGUCCACAACUUGACUUUGCUUGCUAACAAUGAAAUUCGUUUUAAUUUUACUUUUAAUUACAUUUAAUUCCGUAAUUGGUUUUGAUCACAUCAGGCCUAAAGCAAGCCCUGAAACUCAGUCAGAUGCAGUCAAGGACUUAAUCAAGAGAAUAAUCCCAGACCAAGCCCAAUUCUUUAAUAUUAAAAUUCAGCCUGACUUAAGCCAUGACCAGGAUAAAGACGCUUUUAAGAUAGAAAAAAUCGAUCAUUUGAUCCAAAUCACUGGAACAUCUGGAGUUGCAGCAGCUACUGGUAUUAACCAUUACCUCAAGUAUUUCUGUAAUUGUCACGUUUCAUGGGAAACGUCCCAACUGAAAGUUCCUGAAGUACUACCCGAAGUCAAUUUAACCAUAACACUGAAUGACAGGUUUCGGUACUACCAAAAUGUGUGUACCACUAGUUAUUCCUUUGUAUGGUGGGACUGGACCCAAUGGGAAAAGCACAUAGAUUGGAUGGUGCUAAAUGGGUUCAAUCUGGUACUCGCAUUUAACGGCCAAGAAGCGAUAUGGGAUCGAGUGUAUAAAAAAUUUAACUUGACGCAGGAAGAAAUCGAUGAGCAUUUCUCGGGACCGGCAUUUCUGUCAUGGCUACGGAUGGGCAAUAUGCGAGGUUUUGGUGGGCCUUUGAGCACUGCUUGGCAUUCAAGAUCGCUCAUUUUACAAAAACAGAUUUUGCAAAGAAUGCGAGCUUUUGGUAUGAUUCCAGUACUACCAGCUUUCGCCGGACAUUUGCCUCGAGCUUUCAAGAGACUUUAUCCCGAUGCUAAUAUGGCCAAGAUGGAUCCUUGGAAUGGUUUUAACGACACUUAUUGUUGCCCCUAUUUUCUGGACCCCACGGAACCGUUAUUUAACGAAAUUGGGAAAGCCUUCCUUUCGGAACAAAUUUCCGAGUUUGGUACUGACCACAUGUAUAAUUGUGACAGUUUCAAUGAAAAUGUACCAACAAGUGGAGAUUUGACCUACUUGGCUAACGUCGGAAAAUCGAUUUACAAGGCCAUGACCGACACGGAUUCUGAUGCGAUUUGGAUAAUGCAAAAUUGGUUAUUUGUGCACGAUUUUUUUUAUUGGACUCGAAACAGGGCUAAAGCUAUCUUGACAGCAGUACCUAAAGGCAAAAUGAUCGUUUUGGACCUUCAAUCGGAACAGUUUCCGCAGUACGAAAGACUCAAUCAGUACUUUGGCCAACCUUAUAUUUGGUGCAUGUUACAUGAUUUUGGUGGUACUUUAGGCAUGUUUGGUUCUUCCACGAUAAUAAAUGAGGUACCAAUAAACGCAAGAAACAUGGAAAAUAGUACCAUGAUUGGAACAGGUUUAACACCUGAAGGGAUUAAUCAAAACUAUGUUAUUUAUGAAUUAAUGACCGAAACGGCGUGGAGACAAGCUGCGGUAAAUCUAACGGAAUGGUUUGAAAAGUACUCGACUAGGAGGUACGGAUUUCCUGAUAGUAAUGCAGAAAAUGCUUGGCGGAUACUCCAAAAAACGGUCUACGAUUAUCAAGGUUUGAAUAAAAUGAGAGGAAAAUACGCAAUCACCAAGUCGCCAAGUCUCAAAAUAAAAAUUUGGACUUGGUAUGCCACUAACGACUUAUUGGAAGCAUGGACAAGUCUUUUAGACGCGUCAGAUAAUUUGGGUACCAACACUGGGUACUUGCAUGACUUGGUUGAUGUCACCAGACAAGUACUUCAAGUUUAUGGAGAUUUGUACUACAAGGAAAUGGUUAAAAAUUAUCAAAGUAACGACACUGUGAAUUUCCAAGACAAUUCUAAAAAAUUUAUGGAGUUAUUAGACGACUUGGAUGAGAUUUUGUCAACAAAUUCCGCUUUUUUGCUCGGCCCUUGGCUGGAAUCCGCCAAAAAGGCCGCCAAUGACAGUGAUGAAGAAGCCCAAUUCGAGUACAACGCCCGUAAUCAAAUCACUCUCUGGGGCCCGCGCGGUGAGAUCAUGGAUUACGCAAGCAAACAAUGGGCAGGAGUGGUUUCGCAUUUUUUCGCCCCGCGGUGGUACUUAUUCAUAAACUACCUCAACUCGACUUUCAACGGGACUUUCAACCAGACUUACAUCGACUCAAAAAUGUUCAAAGAAGUCGAAGAACCGUUUACUUUCGAUCGCACCGAAUUUCCCGUCGAGCCGAUCGGUGAUGCGGUGGAAGUCGCGUGGAAAAUACACAAGAAAUGGACGUCUGAAGAGUACAGGAAAUUCAAAUUCGUGGCUAAAGAUAAAAGAUAUAAAAUGCUGUAAUUGCUGUGUUAAAUAAAUAAAAUUUGGUUGGUUU